CCGGAGCGCGCCCGUGCCUCUUCCACCCAACAUCAAAUCCAACCCCGGCAGCGCUCCCCGGGGCGGGCGAUGCCGGACCCCCCAGCUUGAAGCCGACGGUAGUGUCGUCCUUGGUGGCGUGCUCUUUGAUUGUGUAAUUCAGUCUAGCAUCGUCCGCUUAGGACCAGCUAUAAAGCUGGCUGUGCUGCGUGCAACUUGGAGGGCCUGACAUACAUCGCCAGGCAGAAUCGGUGCCUCUCCCCCCGCCCUCAGGCAAGAUGACGGCACUGUAUGAUAACCUGUCGUGCCAUCACUCCAUCGACGACUUCCGAAACCGAGUCUACUCCACGCUCUACUCCAUGAUCAGCAUUAUGGGCUUUGUUGGCAACGGCGUUGUGCUGUACGUCCUCAUAAAAACAUACCGGCAGAAGACAGCCUUCCAGGUGUACAUGCUGAACCUCGCCGUCUCCGACUUCCUCUGCGUGUGCACCCUGCCCCUGCGUGUCAUCUACUACGUCCACAAAGGGAACUGGUUCUUCAGCGACUUCCUCUGCAGGAUCAGUUCAUACGCCCUGUACGUCAACCUGUACUGCAGCAUUUUUUUCAUGACUGCAAUGAGCUUCUUCCGGUGCAUAGCCAUUGUUUUUCCAGUCCGGAACAUCAAUUUGGUAACGGAGAAGAAGGCUAAAUUUGUCUGCAUCGGCAUCUGGAUUUUUGUCACCCUGACAAGUGCUCCCUUUCUGAAAAAUGGGACGUACCAAUAUGGCAACAAGACGAAGUGCUUCGAACCCCCAGAAGAUAAUCAGAAGACAAAACUAGUGGUGAUCCUGGAUUUUAUUGCCCUAUUUGUGGGUUUCAUUUUUCCCUUUGUUGUCAUAACUAUCUGCUACACCAUGAUCAUAAGGACCUUGCUGAAAAACUCCUUGAAGAAGAACCAGGCUAACCGCAAGAAGGCGGUCUGGAUGAUCAUCAUCGUGACAGCCACCUUCCUGGUCAGCUUCACCCCCUACCACAUUCUGCGUACGAUCCACCUCCACAUGCUGCAGCUGAAGAACACCCGCUGCGAGGACGCCAUAUACCUGCAGAAAUCAGUCGUGGUAACGCUCCCCUUGGCAGCUUCCAACUGCUGCUUUGACCCACUUCUCUACUUCUUCUCAGGGGGCAACUUUCGGAAGAGACUUACCACGUUUAGGAAGGCAUCUUCCUCCAGCUUAACGCAAGCCUUCAGGAAAAAGUUCUCCAUAAAAGAGAAAGAUGAGGAACCCUUUGGAGAAAGCCAGAGGGAGAACGGAAAGGCAGCCGUGGCCCUUUCGUAAGGGGGCUAGACCUGCCCCUAAGGUCUCAGAUGGGCAACAGAGAUCUCGGAACUCUUGCAGAAGAGGUGAUGGAGGCUCGCAAGCCUUCGUCACAAUUACAUAUGUAAUAAUAACCGUCGGUGGUCCCUGAUUUAUGCUACUUGGAGGUACAGCCGCCAACGGGGACGGCCAGCCCCUUCCCCAGGAGCACCGCUUGGACAUGCGCAGCCACAGCCUGGAGGAGCCACCACUGCCAGCACCAGAAAACUGUUGAUCUGAUGAUAAACUCGCAUAAACAAACUCUUCAAAGCCUGUAUUUGAGCAUUUGCUUCAUUUCACAAUGCUACAAAGAGCGUUAAUUCUCCGAGUCAGUGGGAAAUGUAAACACAAUAUUUGCUGUCUGUGGCGCUCAGGGAGCUACUGACAAAUAGAGAGGGCAGAGUUUUCAUUGAACCUUCAAACAGCAGCUAAAUUAUUUACACAGCAGAGGCCAGGAUAAUUCCUGCCCUGCUCCCAGCUGCUUUCUGCUUUAGACUUCAGUUUUCAACCUGAUUACGUGUGUAAGAUUUGCAGGGUUGGUGCCUGGGUCUGCAAAUCUGGGGACUUGGCCUUGGAGCCCCUCUCCCCCACCCCGAAGGAGCAGCUCUCGGGACGUGCUCUUGUGGGCAGCAGAUCUGCCAGUAUUUUCUGAAUUUCUAGCAAAAAUCUUGUCCGUGGGAGCAGUUUUUAAAUGGCGGUAUCCUAGUGUGCGUUUGAAGCUUCUUUCCGUGGGGCUGGUCCUGUAAGUGAUGGCUGCAGGAUCUGGGUCAUCACUGAAGAGGUUUUACUGAAAAGUAGAGCUCUGGGUGCUCAGAGUCCAGUGCAGGAUCAGGCCCGCCUUUUGGAACUAUUGACCAAAUUUUAAAAAAAAAAAAAGUAAUUUUUAAAAAAAGGAAUGCAGAGGUCCUUUCUGAAAACAGCUACAUAUGAUGUUUAAUCCUGUUGGAGAGCGUUCACCUUGCUCGCACCUUGCAGAAAAGAGGCAACCCAAGGCCCUUGGGGACAGACCUGGAGAUCAAGAGUCUGACGAUGGGUUCCAACAAGUCAUGAGUGAAUCUUAUUUUGGGUAGAGUAUGAUGAAAACCAAGAUCGGGCUAUGUUUCUUAGGAAACACUUCACACUCUUGGACAGAAGGAAACAUUCCUGUGCUUUUCCAGUGAAAUACACGGGAAAGUGGCACUGCCUGCCUUUUCCUGGAGCAAAGCCCAGCCCCGAGAUGCCUGAUACAUCAAGGCAGAAAUAGAAAUUCCUGUAGGAUUGAGACUCUCAGCUGGAAAAGUGGUUGAUAAAUGAAUAGCAAGUAUGUUUUGAUAUGGCAUUUGUAAAGCUGCUUGAUGUUAUCUUAAAGAAAGAAAACAACUUCAGUCCUGUAGAGUAAGAGUGGCCAAAAGGAGUUUGGCUUGGGGACAGGGGUCUGCCUGAGAAAUUGUCUUUACAGAUACACAGAAGAGCGUACGUUCCCUCUUUACAGCACAGCCUGCAUAUCCCCGGGUCAGCAAAAGGCACCUAAAAAAGCAAAUUCGCCUGCGCAACAGUUUAUGGAUGUGAAUUUUCAACAAGACCUGCAACCCCUUUAGAAAACUUUGAGGACCUGUAAACUGGAAGAGGGCUGGCCACCGUUCAUGCAGAGGAGCGCUGCGGUUCCCCCUGCUGCGGGCAGCUGUGGGAAAGCCUGUGGAAGUGGAGAGUUGGCUGAAACUUCUUUUUGAGGGCCAGCAUUGCGUGUUACAGCUGUGUCUCGAGGCAUUAAAGGCGUUGUGCAACUGUAAAUAGAAAGCAUCGCGGAAGACUGAGUUUCAGAAUAUGUAGAAAUAAUAUGCACAGUCCCAAAUUUUAAAAUAUUGUACAGUAAAGCUACCUAUGGAUGUGUUGCAAAGCAUUUUUAUUGUGCCGAUACAGAGGUGGUUUUUUUCCUUUUUAUCUUAUCAGACAAUGGUUACGGCAAGAGAAACGGCAGCGGCUUUUGUGCCAUUGGAAAGGCGAUUUAAAAAAAAAAAAGAUUGCUGAAAAUUAAAUGAAAACGUUGCAAGUUACAUUUUAACGGUUACCAUUUUCUGUGUCACAUCUUAAAGCCUCUGUGUACAGAUUCUUCUUCCCUACGGUAUAUUUUA